AUGAGCUGCCCUUACUGCCUGGCUUAUGCACCAGCUUCGGCAUCGAAGGGCCCUUCCAGUGGUGCUAGACAACCCCGGCAACUCGAGCAGAGCCGGACUUUGGUCAAGGCCUACUGGGAGUUUGAGGAAGGGGAUCAUUGGCUGGGCUUCUCUCCAAAAGUUUCAUUUCUGCUGGAAGCGGCCUAUCAGAACUGGCUUCAAAAUCCCAGCGAGGUGCGCUCGCAGAUCCACGGGAAGGAUUUCCUGUACAAUGUCGACUACACCACGCUUCUCGAAGAGGGCCAGCGCCAAAGCCAGCGCAUACGGCGAGUUGGUGUGACAGCCGACGACAACGGUGGACAUGACAAGGCUUACUGCACUGUGGAUCCUGCACUUUGGCGGGAUAUGCAGAGCAAGCUGCAGAGUUUUCGGGAGGAGCAGGAAUGGCUGCUUCGAUUGCUCCGGAGCAACCAAGACGGUGCGACGGUGCCCGACAUGAAGAAGGAUGGCUUCUAUGGCACAUUGGCGGAGGAGGUGGGUCGCCUCUGGCAACGCGCCGGGCGUCAGGCGGCGGAGCUGGAAGAGCUGCGCAGCCAGGCACAACGGAGCAGCGAGCUGCUGGAGCGCCUGCGCUCUGCAGUGCUCCCCGGCCGACUGGUUUGUGGCUCCAAUGUGCUGGGAGUUGCUGCUGCAGUGGAGACAGAUAUGGUGCAGAUUUUGCAAGAUCAAGGCCAUGAUCGUCAUUGGGUCGUGCCCAAAGAGGAGGUUCGACGAGCACGUUUGGGUCUUUUGGCACGUCCUGGCUCCAAAGUCUUUUACCCACAUGGAGGACACCUGCUGGAGGGCGUUGUUUCGGUGGGAUCUGCUACUCCCUUGGACGCAAUCAAAGGGCAGCGUGCCGAUGUUGAUGCUGACCUUCACGUGAGUGUGCUGCGAGCCGAUGGCAAAAGUUGUCGUAUGCCAUUGGCCGUGCUGAAACCACGAGGAGAUGGAGGCAGCCCCUUCAGUGUGGGUGAUGUCGUGCGAGCAUGUGAGCACGACAGCUUUGCAGGAGUAGAGGAUGGACCAGCUGCUGGAACCCUUGGAAUCGUGAUGCAAGUCUGCGAGGAUCUUGCGGCAGAAAUGAAUUCCAUCUCUGUGCGCUUUCCUGAUGCAACGGCAACAGUGGCCACAGGGUUUCGAGAUGUGAACUACACUGAAGGCCAGGCGAUGGAACAGCUUCAACUGGAUCAGGCCAGAGGGGCUCGUUUGGACAGUCAGUGUGGUAGUAUGCUGCAUGCUGAUGACUGUAGAGGAGGAAGAAGAAGAAGAAGAAGAAGCAGGACGACGACGACGACGACGACGACGACGACGAAUGUCGAGUUAGAGAUGUCAGAGACAGAAGUCAUGCUUUUCACUUCUUGCAGAAAGCCUUGCAUCAUGACAUGUGGUAUAUAG